AUGAAGGCUAAUGCUAUAGCACAUGCAAGAAAAUCUCUUUUGGAAGUGAUACGUAAUUUUGAAAAAGAAAUUGAUGAGUUGUGUAAAAUCUACCAAGAAAACAUUGAUGACAUUUUUGAGGAAAAGAAAAAGCAAGCAGUGGAGGACUUCAAGCAAAAAUGUGGCUUCAAUCGCACUGUGAAGUAUGAAGAAUUAGAAAAAACAUUAAUAGAAGAUAUCAAAAGUAAAAUGAUGAAAUACAUUGCGGCAAACAAUUUGAUGGAAGCAACCGCAAGAACUGAAAAUCAAAAACAAUUUGAAGAAGCACUGACAACGUUUGAUACUAGAAUGAAUGAGAAAUGCUUGACAUACACGGAAACAAGUGCAUUAAAGAGUGGAUUCGAGGAACAAAAGAGCAUAGCUAUAGAAACAUUCGAGAAGAAAGGGAAGCAAGUUGGCCCAUCUUAUUCAAGACGCAUCGAACAAUUGGAAGAUGAUAUUCCCGAGAAAUACUCGGUUUUUGAAUCUAAAAUUAGUGAUUUCAAG